AUGUGCCCAGGCAAUGGUCCAGUGAUCCUUCUCCCCUCGUUUGUCUACCAGCGGCCGUCUUAGGCAAAUCUCUAUUGUCGGGAUCUGACAGUCUGUUUGCUCAGCCAAGACUUCUGUAGGGGGUGGUGAUCUCUUUGGUCUCUUGGUACCAGGCGACCAUGGCGAAUGGUUCUUUUGUGGUCGCCAGUGAGCGAUAUUCUCUCUUGUUCGUUGGAAAACUGAAUGGUUUGUAGUCUCCAUCUUGUCAUCCCAUAAUUCUUUCUUUCAAUACAUCUCGGUGCCAGUUUGCUUGCAACGAUUCGCUGGUGGAGAGUUGACAUUGCAUCUAUCUCAACGACACCGUCUAAUCAGUAUUGACCGGUGCUUUCACUCAAACACGGUCGUCCCUGGACCUUGUGUCCGCCACUCCCACUUCGGGUGUUCAUUUGACAUGAACCAGUAGAGAACAAGGGUUCUCUACUCACACACACACACACACACCACAUCUGACAGCAUGGUGCAACUAUCAACAAUAGUAUUUGGUGGUCUAGGUCUUUUGACCAGCGGGGCAAAGGCAGCCCUGACGGUAAACCUCGAUGAUGAAGCCUCGAUCAAAGCAGCGGCAGCUCUCGUCGCUGAGGACCUCCUAACCUUCUACCACGGUGACGAGCCUGGACAAGUGCCUGGUAUCCUGCCAGGUCCUCCGCCCGACGGCGACUACUACUGGUGGAUCGGAGGCGCCAUGUGGGGUGCAUUGUUGGACUACAGACAUUACACGGGCGACAAGGACUACGACAAGCUCAUCACUGAUGCCAUUCUUUUUCAGACUGGUCCAGACGAGGAUUUCAUGCCGCCCAACUGGACUGCAUCUAUGGGCAACGACGAUCAGGGUUUCUGGGCUCUCACUGCCAUGCUGGCCGCCGAGACGGCGUACACGGAUCCGGAACCUGACCAGGCGCAGUGGUUGUCAUUGGCGCAGGCCGUAUUUAAUGAGCAGACGCACGAGGACAGGCGUGUACCCAGUGGGAGAUGCAAGGGUGGCUUGAGAUGGCAGGUGUACCCGUCCAACAACGGAUACAAGUACAUCAACACCAUUGCCAACGGAUGCUACUUCAACAUUGGAGCCCGCCUGGCACGAUACACGGGCAACGACACAUAUGCCGAGCUGGCGAGCAACACUUGGGACAUUCUGACUAACCUGGGGUAUGUGGACGAGGACUGGAAUGUUUACGAUGGCGCCCAUUUGCCAGACUGCACCGACGUGAACAAGGCGCAGUUUUCAUAUAACGCCGCUCUGCUCCUUCAGGGAUGCGCCUUCAUGUACAACCACACCGAUGGCGCCGCCGAAUGGGAAGAGCGCAUCAACGGCCUACUCAACCGCACCCUCGAAUUCUUCUUCCCUGAAGGCAUCGCGGUCGAGCGCGCCUGCGAGCCCGGAAACUGCAACACGGAUAUGACGUCGUACAAGGGCUACAUGCACCGCUGGCUAGCCUCAACGAGCCAGCUCGCCCCCUUUACUGUCGACCGCAUCAUGCCCGUACUCAAGACGUCGACGGCGGCCGCCGUGAAGCAGUGCACGGGCGGCGACAACGGCCGCUUCUGCGGGUUUCACUGGGACACGGGCGUUUUCGAUAACAUCGUCGGCGCGGGACAGCAGAUGAAUGUGCUGGGCGCUUUGAGCAGUCUGCUGACGGUGAAGGCGGCCGCGCCCGUCACGAACACGACGGGCGGCACGAGUGUGGGGAAUGCGAAUGCGGGGUCCGACGAGACGGUCGUGACACAGCCGGUGGAGGUUACGACGGGGGAUCGGGCCGGCGCCGGGUUCAUUACGGUAUUGUUUAUUGCGGGAGCGAUGGGGGCGUUUGCGUGGAUGAGUUUUGAUUAGGGGUUGGUUUUCAGGGUCUGCGUAGGCCCGAGGAUCGGGUUACCUGGUAAAGACGGGAAAAGAGCAAAGAAGGAGAGAACUCCUUGACACGGCGGCAGAAACCGGAACAAGCGCCGUCUUCUUUUUCAGGGAGGCAACUGUAUGGCGUUUUUUUUUUUUUUUUU